AUGCCAGUAGCGUCCGGUACCCAAGCAGGAUUACUUGAUGACUUGCUAGGAGUGGUGACGACAACUGUAUCAACGACGGCCAGUUCGUUGGUGAAAGUUGUCGGUUCACUCCUGUACGAUCCAGAUCGUAUCGUCAUCGUCAUGGAAGACGAUACAAAGGCAGUACUGCAAGCAGCAGCUAACAGCGACACUGGAGUGUGGACAGAAGAGCAGCGGAUCCAGAACGUCGAGAGCAUUGUCAAUGCACUGCAACAACAUGCGCGACGAAGUCAGGGACCGGUAAUUCAGCUGCUGUCCCUGUUGGGUGUGCAGUUCGAAAGUCAUUGGAUAAGCAACACGAUCGAAGUCUCGGACGCCCCAUUCGGUCUAGUUGAAAGUAUCCUUGCGCUUGUGGGGGUAAAGGAGAUCAUCUACGACGUCAUCAUCGAUCUGGAGACUGCCGCUCCUCCACCGACUGCUAACACUCUCAGCAACACUGAUGCUGCAACGUGGGGUGCCACUAAAAUUGAAGCGACAAGUGUCUGGGCUACGAACAACACCGGCCAGGGCAUAGUUGUCGGAACGAUCGAUUCGGGCGUGCGCCAUACCCACGAAACUUUGCAGAGCAACUGGGUGGGUGCUUAUGGUUGGUACGAUCCAGUAGAGAAGACGGCGAUUCCGUUCGAUCCCAAUGGACAUGGUACCCAUACGGUCGCAACCAUUGUCGGAGGGAAGGGAGUGGGAGUCGCUCCUGGAGCCAAGUGGAUGACUUGCAAGGGCUGUAAAGCUGCAGCUUGCCCGCUGACAAUCUUGAUGGCCUGUGCGCAGUUCAUGCUGUGCCCGACCGAUACGAACGGCAAGAACUGCGACCCCACAAAAGCGCCACAUAUCGUGAACAAUAGCUGGGGCGUCGGCCAAGGUCUUUCCUACUUUCAGCCAAGUCUUGACGCUUGGGCUGCUGCCCGCAUCCUUUCGGUCUUUGCAGCAGGCAACACGGGCGCCGCUGGGUGUCGUACUGUAGUGUCUCCAGGUGACAUGGCUGACACCUUUUCUGUUGGAGCGACCGAUGCUAGCGACGUCAUCGGCACGUUCAGUAGUCUCGGCCCCUCUCUGAAUGGACGAAUAAAGCCUGACUUCACCGCCCCUGGAGUACGAAUUCGCUCGGCAUGGAACGGCAGCGACUCGGACUAUUUGUUAAUGUCGGGAUCAAGCAUGGCCGCGCCACACCUAUCCGGCACAAUCGCAUUGGCGUUGAGUGCCCGUCCGGGACUGAAUUUUGAUAGCAUGAGGACAAUCCUUAUCAACUCGACGGAGCGGGCGCUGCCGAAAGCGAAUCGAAUAUGCGGUGGGACCGCGGAUACGACCUUCCCCAACAAUCAGUAUGGCUACGGCCGCAUCAAUGCACAGAAGGUUGUCAAAGCGGCGCUUGCGUACUGA